AUAGUGUAUUAUUCGCGAGUGAUUUACGCGAGUGAUUUACGCGAGUGUCUUGUGCAAAAGGAUUAUAUGGAUUACCAAUCCGAUUCUGAGAGGAGGAGGAGGUCUGGGAGAGGCAUCAGGCACUGGCGGAGCAAUCUUGCGAAUCAUCGUAACAGUGACUCCGCUGUUGCAUCGAUGCAACCCAAGAUGACUGCUUUGUGCACACUACUGAUGUUCGUAGUCGUCAUCGCAGUUUCGAGUCUCACAGCCGAUGCGAUACCGCGCCAUGAAAGUUAUUGGGAUCAGCAGGAUGACAUAGACCGAGACGAGUUUCUAGAGAUACUCUCUCGUCUUAGUCGCAUCAACCGCCCUGAGAUGGAAAACAACAAACGAGGAUUGGAUCUGGGUCUCAAUCGUGGCUACAGUGGUUCUCAGGCGGCGAAACACAUGAUGGGACUCGCGGCAGCGAACUACGCCGGCGGUCCCGGACGAAGGCGUCGCUCGGAACAAGCGUAGAUCGCAGACACAAUCACUGAUGCAGAGAGAUUACUAUACAACUCGUAAUAACGUCAUUCCCGACUCGAUCCUUCCACUUUAUCUCUACCUCGAGCUUGAACCACUGAUCUCAGAAUCGUCCGUUGCCAGUGGCGUAACUAUUAUAACUCGAGCGAUGAAUUACUUCUCUUCUCUCAAAUAAACCUGUAGAGUGUGUAUAGACAUACAUUUCCUCCGAAGCACAAAAAUAGCAUAAGUUCCUUAAUUAAAAAUUAUAGAUACGAUUAUAGAUACAAUUAUAAUUAAUCGGUGUUGAUAAAUUUCAAUGAUCAAUUUUACAUUUCACCAUUUAAUCCUCGCACACUUACAGCUUUUGCACACUCCUAGUUGCACCACUGGCAGUUUGCAACUGCAUUGUUAAAUCGCUCUUUAUUUUGUUUGUGUAAAAGCGGAUGCGAUAUAAUUGCUUCGAGCGGAAAUGUUUUUAUUUAAAAUAAAUUUGAAGUAAAUACAUCUAUAUAAAGGAGCACACAAAUAGCACAUUAAAGAGUCCGUUUAUUUGCUCUAUAUUAGUUCCAUAGAACACAAUUCAAUCUUUAUUUAAGAAGUAAUUAAUAAUAAAUUCCAAAGCUUUUCUAAAAAUUUUAUAGACUAAUUCAGAUUAGAUUAGGGGUUUCCGUUCACUCGCGGAUUUUUUCUUUUUAUUAAAAAAAAAACAUCCAGAUCUCUUAUAACUCAACUAUCUCAAUUUUAUAACUUAAUUUUAUACGGUAGAUCGCUCGACUUGCUUUUACGAUUAAAUAUUUCUUUCCUCCUUUCAACAAAUAAAGAAAAAAAAAUUCGCAAGUACCGUAAAGAUAUUCUCGCCAGAUAUCGCUAUUGCAUUUUAUUCUUUUGCUAUAUUUAUUGUUAUGCAUGAGCCGCGUAUGAAUUAGCAACUUUAUUCCUGCCGUAAAAUAAACGAAGUAAAUAGACGUAGCAUUUUGCUGAUUCAACAAAAGGGUUCCUUCGAGUCGCGCCUCCGCGAAUCGAUGAUGCUCCACUUCCGGGCUGCAUUUGUUCUAAAUAUUACUAUCUGCAAUUGAAAUCAUAUACCGCGACGAGUUCCUCCCCCGAACAAGAACUGCGUGCGAGAGAGAAUUUUUCCUUAAUCCUUUACGUGCGUGGAAUAAUUUUUCUCCCGCAACUUCUGAACGCUCACUUUGUUAAGCUUUCAUAUCAAACGACGUACUGUACGAUUCUUUGCACUCCUUCGUCUUUCGAUCUCUUUCCUUCUCUGAUAUUCUAGUAUCUCUCUUGUAAAAAAAAACGACUCGUCGUACUUACUAUAAUAAUCAUAAUCGAUGUUGCGUUCGUUAGGUCAGGCGUUCUCAAAUUUCGUUUGCGCUGACGACAAAGCAAAUACACGUGUGCGAAUUUCUCAUCAGCAAAUCUGAUUUCGUCGGUCAGCUAGAGUUGCGUAAGAAACUUCGGUGGCUUCGGACGAUCGUAUUUUUUAAUUUUAUGCGUAUCGAACGUUUUACAGCACUUCGACGUGUCGUGCGAAACGAUUUGAGGACCCUGCUACUUAGGUCACUUUGUUUUACUAGCUCCAACGUCUAUCUACAUCUUAUGUAAUACGCAACGUGCACCGGAUGCACAUGCGCUUGCAUAAAAUAUAAACAUAUGAAAAUACGACGUAGAGAUAAUAAAACUUCGUUCCUCUUUCAUGUUAUAGACUUAGAAUUAGUCCGUAGAUCAGGGAUGCGCAAAAAAAAUGUCCGAUUUGUUUUAAAAUAAAAAAAAAGGAAGAAAAAGCAGUUCGAUGCUCUUUUCGACAUAUUAUUGCAUUAUAAAUCAUAUCGAGGAAACAAAUGUCGAAUGUUGUGUAUGACUUUACGAAUUCGAUUAUAUGUAAUCAAAUUUCCAAUAAAUUAUAUUUAAAAUAGUAAAAUCCUUUUUAGCCAGAGAUAAUUGAUCGCUCAACAUCGAAUCGAUGCUGAUUCAACAUCGAUCGACCAAUCAUUUUCUAGCUGGAUUUACUUUUAUAGUGAGCGUUUUUCAAUAAUACAUUAACAGACUUUUACAAUUUCAAACGCUACGAACAAUUCAAUUAUUAACGAAAUUUAAAGUUUUAUUUAAACUAAACGGCAUCUAUUCUGACAUUUAGCUUGUGCAUUCCUGUCAACAGGUGGUAACCAAAGUGCACAGUAAAUAUCGAUACCGGUUCCGUUAAUCGCAUUCGAUGACAAAUGAUAUAAUUGAGAAGACUUGGAGUCAAGUAUAUUACACGAGGUUGUCAGAUUGUACUUCUUUAACAAUGUAAAAUUAUAUAACAACAGAACAAUGUUCGAUAUAGAGAUAAUUAUGAUUACUCCAAGAUUUAGAUUACUUUUCGAUUGAAAAAGUAUUAACAUACGUCAUUAAAAUAAUCUACAAGAUAAUGUUAAUUAAGCGACUAUUAAUUAAUAGUUACAAAAAAAUGAAUCCUAGUAUUGUUAUAAAUAUAUGAUAACAUUUGUCGUAUUGUUACGAUUAUUUUGCAACAUAACUCCUGUUGCUCCAAUACGUGACGUAUGAUAUCAUUUAUUUUGAGUGACGUAUGCGGAUCUCGUUUCACAGAUAAAUUACCUACCAUUUCAGAAAUAAAUGUGUGCCCUGCACGGACGAAGCGAUUUGUUCGCUUAAUCGCGAAAUCCUGUUAUUUGGUUAUCACCGAAAUCCAAAACGAAGCGCGUGAAGUCGACCUGCGUUAUUUCUGUGUAUCAUAAAAAAAAUUUAUUGCGCCUCUAGUAAAAACUGAUCGUAAAUAAAAGUUACUUUAACCCAGC